GCCUCCAUAACGGGUGCCGUGAAAGUCGCCGCGCCGUCCACCAUGAGUGAGAGUGGAGCUGAGAGGAGGAGUCGGUUAAAAGCUCUCAAAGAGAAGGCGAACAAGAGCAUAAAGUUUAGAAACUAUCGCCCGCAAGAUGCCGCCAUCCGGCAGCAGGCCCUGGAUAGCAGCAAGGCUGGAGAGCCAACAAGCGGUAGCGGCAGUGGUGGUGCCAACAAGGGGGAGGGCGCAGCGUCGCCGUCGGGGAAGUCAAUGGGAGGAGGGAGAAAAGAGGGAGAAGAGGAACCCGAGGAGGAGCAGGAGGAGAAGCGAAAGGCGCCAGAGUCGAGCUUGAUCCAGCAAGAGCUCAAGAAGCAGAAGGAGACGCAAGACGAGGGGGAGCUGAACAUCGCCCCCAAGAAGGCGAACUGGGACCUGAAGAGAGACGUGGAGAAGAAGCUGGAGAAGCUCGACCGGAGAACGCAACGCGCCAUCGUCGAGAUCAUCCGCGAGCGCAUGGCAGAGGAAGCCGCAAAUGCGAGCAGUAGCGGCGAAGAAGGCAGCGGGAGCAGCAGCAGCGGGGAGGAAGAGAGCGGUAGCAGUUCUGAGGACGAAGAGUAGAUACCUUGGGCUGACGUGGAGACCAUCCCGCCGGCACCUCUACACUGCUGCCGCACUCCGUGUACUAAUGUGUGGUGAUGGGCGUUGCGCUGGUGUUGUUGCGAGAAUUUGUUUUUUUUGCAAAAAGAUUUCGGGUGCGGGGCCGCGCCAGAGCUGCCUGCUCGAAAAAGCGGCGGUCGCUUGGCCUUGACUCCGACUAUAAGAUGGUAGACGUGCUGCAGCAGCUAUGCCUUGGUUGCCGCUUCCGCUGCUGCCGUGCACUAGGCCGUGAGCCACGGCUUGUUUCUUCUGGCGGUUGUGGUCGAAGUUAUCCGAACGACACUCGGCCUCGCCUUGGUCGUGCCCGCAGGGUUUCCGAGCCACGAUGAACGGUUUACCGCGUGCCACAAAGCACCUUUGCUUUUUUGUCGGCCGGGUUGGCGUUGUCGGUGCUCAACAGGACGAUUGUCAGCGGACUCAUUUGACAAGAUCGUACCUCGAAAUGUAAGAAGCACGAAGAAUUUCGUACAUAGAUUUUAUGGCCACCUCGUAGUGUGUAUGUUUAUUUGCGGUGGCAUUUUGGUCGUCAGGAGCUGAGUGUCUACAACAUCAAGCGGAGCCACCAAUCGUUUGUAACGCCGAGCAGUGCCGGAAUUUGUUUUGCUUGUGGUUGACAUCCCGUUCAAUCUGACGGGCAUCAGUUUUGUAUACGUACCUGUAUACAUUUCGAAAGGUCCGCUAGUUGCAAUCCAUUUCCUCUUCGUCAAAAGCUAGACGAUUCAUCCGUCAUCCUAAGGCCAUGCCUAAGGGGAUCGAACAGGGCCCAGGGAUUCUAUAUGUUGUUACGUAUUUUUCCUAAUAGGCUGUUGAGGGGCGUAGGCUAAGCUGGUGAGAUGUUCCAUAUUCCUCGUUGAUUCAGCUCAACAGCGUGCGUGCGUACGUGCGUGGGAACCUCUGCAGACAAUUUUAUCAUCUCGAAACUGCUGUCGAAGUGAGUGAGGGUCGCAGAGUUAAACAAGACUUUUUCCACAAACUGCUAUGUCUUCUGAUU